AUGUUUGUUCCAGACCACAACACUCAUAAACAAUGUAUACUAACUAUCCGUGGCCUUGAAUGUACAAGUUACUUGUACCUCAUAGUGAAAGUUGGAAAGAGUUUUGAGCUGCUGUCUUGUGACCGUCAUAAAAGUUUCAUGAGAAAAUUCAAAAAAGAUCCUGCAAAGUACAGACCAGAUAUAACACACCAGUGUUUACUCAUGUUGUUUGAUAGUCCACUGAAUAGAGCCGGUUUACUCCAAGUUUAUCUACACACAGAAAACAAUGUUUUAAUUCAAAUCAGUCCGCAAACCAGGAUACCAAGAACAUUUGAUCGGUUCUCAGGACUUAUGGUUCAACUGCUACAUAAACUGAGUAUACAUGCCGCUGAUGGACCUCACAAAUUGAUGAAAGUAAUCAAGAAUCCUGUGACUGAUCAUUUACCCACUGGUUGUAAAAAACUCUGUAUGUCAUUCAGUGCUGAUCAAUGUGUGGCUCCUUCUAAGUUGGUGUUACAAGAUAAACCAAUAGUUGUGGUUAUUGGUGCCAUGGCACACGGCAAGAUUGAUGUUGAUUACACGGAAGAGGACAUCUCGAUCAGUAACUAUCCAUUAUCAGCUGCUUUGACAUGUACCAAAAUCUGUACAGCCUUUGAAGAAUCUUGGGGAAUACUCUGACAUGUAUUUGUUACACAUGGUUUUGAAAAUAAACAAUUAUUUGUUAUGCUA